ACCCCUGGCGGUAAAUGAAGAUUUGGCGCGCUUUUUUUCAUGCUCCAGCUUGCCCCGCGUUGUUGUUGCAUUUUCCUGAGAAGUGACCGAUUUUUCGGUGUGUCCGCCACAAGGAUGGGAAUACAAGGGCUAGCCAAGCUGAUAGGCGACCAUGCACCCGGUGCCAUGAAAGAAAAUGAGAUCAAGAACUACUUUGGAAGGAAGGUUGCCAUUGAUGCCUCCAUGAGUAUCUACCAGUUCCUCAUCGCUGUGCGACAGGACGGUAACAUGCUAACCAACGACGCAGGCGAGGCCACCAGCCAUUUGAUGGGCAUGUUCUACCGGACCAUCCGUAUGGUAGACAAUGGAAUCAAACCUGUCUAUGUGUUUGAUGGCAAACCACCAAACAUGAAGUCUGGAGAGCUGGCGAAGCGUGCAGAGCGCCGUGAGGAGGCACAGAAGGCGCUGGAGAAGGCAGAGGAGGCAGGAGAGGCCGAGGAUGUCAACAAGUUCCAGAAACGUUUGGUGAAAGUGACCAAGGAACACAAUGCAGAGUGUAAAAAGUUGCUGACACUGAUGGGUAUCCCUUAUGUUGAUGCGCCCUGUGAAGCUGAAGCUCAGUGUGCAGAACUGGCGAAGAAGGGAAAAGUGUACGCUGCCGGGACAGAGGACAUGGAUGUGCUGACCUUCGGCACCAACAUCAUGCUCAGACAUCUCACCUUCUCCGAGGCCAGAAAGAUGCCCAUCAAGGAGUACUACUAUGACAGGCUGCUGGCUGAGUUGGAUCUCACACAGGACCAGUUCAUUGACCUGUGUAUCCUGCUGGGGUGUGACUACUGUGACUCCAUCCGCGGGAUCGGCCCCAAACGAGCCAUCGAACUCAUCCGUCAGUACAAGUCUAUCGAGGAAAUUCUCAAGCACAUCGACACAAAGAAGUUCCCAGUGCCUGAGGACUGGCCAUAUGAUCAGGCCAGGAAGCUGUUCAAGGAACCAGAAGUUACUCCUGCAGACCAAGUGGAGUUGAAAUGGGUUGACCCAGAUGAGGAGGGACUGGUACAGUACAUGAGCAAUGAGAAGGGAUUCAGUGAGGAUAGGAUAAAGAAUGGUGCAAAGAAGCUGAAGAAUGCCCGCCACACGUCCACACAAGGUCGUCUUGACAGCUUUUUCAAGGUCAUGUCCUCACCAUCAGUCAAAAGGAAGGAGCCCCCAAAAGGUGCAAAAGGCUCUGCAUCCAAGAAAGCCAAGAUGAGUGGCGGGAAAUUCAAGAAACCCAAGUAAAAAUACAGUCCCUGAUGGAGCUUACACAGUUUAAGAAUAUUACUCAUGAAGAUUUCACUACUGCCUGUCUAUCCUUCUUGUACUUUUUCUCAAGAUCUUGAGCAAGUUCAGAACUGAU